AUGGCAAAACUCACUGAUGAUGCCGACUACGAUGCCGGCGAAACGUUUGAAAAUGUAUCAAGUCCACUUUAUGAUUCUGGCAAUCAUGACAACUACUAUGGCAGACGACUUCAGACUAGGUGA